AUGAAACUUCUGGGGGACAUGGAGGCCAUGUAUAAUGUCAUGAAGCCUAAUGGGAUGCAUGCUGAUAAGGGCAAGAACACCGUCACGACUGCCGAUGCCGAAUUGGGCAAACCUAUUGAGUCUCAAGGUCCUCUGACAAGCUCGCAAGUGCGGAAGAGGGCCGUAGAGGCAGAAAAGCAGAGACCAGGGACAGCGGCCGGUGUCGCUGAGAUGAACCGCGUGGCCCUGAACGACCACACGGGGGGUCUCCACUGGUACUUCUACCAUACUCGCCCAACCGACGAGUUUUCCUUCCCGUCAGAUCGAUUGGAGAUACUGCGCUUCGAGCGCGAGGGCGCCAUCAAUCAAAUCAACAAUCCAGACUCCAAGGCCGAUGUGUUGAUCACCAGCAGCAGGCCGUCCGCCUUUGGUGCGAAUGAUCACAGCACUUUUCACAACGACAUCCUGUUGAAGGCCCCGGACAACACAGCAACAGAAAUCCAGAUGGGUGGCCGCCUGUGGCGCAUUGCGCAGGCGCCAAUCGAUCGGCGCAUCGAGGGCGAACAGCUGACCAUCUGCGCCUUCGAGAUCAUGGCCACAUACCUGGGCCAUUGUUGCAAUCGGUAUCCUCGCAAGGGUGCCGAAUGGUACGAUGACGACAGUCAGAAGAUGAUAGAUCUCGGGGAGUUUUAUUUAGCCAUUGCGCGGACGAUGAUCCUAAAUCCCGAUCUCUUCUGCAACAUGACGCCCCUGUUGAGUAGAGCGCUUGCUGUGGGUUCGAAGCCCGGCAUGGAGAUUUCUCGAGAGAUGGUAGCGGGAGAAGCGCCCAUCGUACCGAUCGAGGACCACAUCGAGCUGGACGGCGAGCCAGGGGUUCUGCCAGAAGUCCACGAGCCGGAGGAGCGGGAUGACCGUUCCCGAGCACCGAGCAAGAGGAGUACCAUCCUGUGUAUUGUGGAACUGGGACCACGGGAGGAAGAGGAGACUGUUGAAAGGGAAGGUCCCGCUACAGCAGAGGAUCCGACGGAGGUAUAUGUGGAUGAGACGCCGACCAAGGGGCCUGCAAAGCGGAAGAGAGGACAUGGAAGGCUUAUGCUUAGUAGUGUAUUCAGGAGCUAA